UUUAGACUGCUGUUCGAGCAGAUCCAUGCCAAAAUCGCGCCCGCGGCCCGUGUCGCACUUCCGUGGUGUCAUCACGACCUCGUCGGCAAAGAUUACGACCACCAACGGCAAUGGCGAUUCGACAACAUUCACCCUGAUAACCACCAAGACAACGUCGACGAUCAGCGAAGCCCAGUCCGAAACGACAUCCACCGUGACGGAUCCUCGGAGUGGCCCCGGUCCCGGUGGCGGUGGUGGUGGCACCAGCACCAGCCCCGGCGGACCCAACGCCGGCAACAGCAAGGACCAGCUCAUGCGGAUGGGCAAAUGCUCAUUGCUCUUCGAGGAGAACUACUGCCUGAACGGUGGCAAGUGUUACAACUUUACGAUCGCGAACUCGACGAUGCCAACGUGCGAAUGUGCCGACGGAUUCAUGGGUGAACGGUGCGAGUCAAAGUACUUAGAUGGGACUUACCUAAGCAUGCGUAAGUCCAAGAUCCACAUCGAGACGGCCAGCAUCUACUAUGGCGCGUUUUUGGCACUGAUAGUGGUGCUAGUAUUGCUAUACUUCCUGCAUUGUUUCCAAUCAUCGUCCUCGGCAAAAUUGAUGAAAAAGAGCAAAAAGGUGGUGAGUUAGCUACUUUUUCGCCUUUUUUUCGGGAAGGGCGCGUUCUAAGUUAUACUUCGCUUUUCUGAGCUUGGAAACGCAUUCACGCUGUCCCAGUUGUGGGAAGUACACCGCGCCAGGUCGUAUUGUUUCGUUGUUAUAUUCAUGUUAGGCUAGUAGAAGUAGGAAAGUUGAUUCCCGAAAACGACGGUAAAUUACGGACAAAUUUAGACAGCUUUCUUUUGUAUGUAUUUAUAUUGGUCCCUCCAGGCGAGGGGCUGGAUUAUAAAUCGUUCUGUUGCAAAAAACGGAACAUUCGAAUACGACACCCACCCCUACUCAGACAAGGAUUGAUUUCAAUCCGAAAGUAGCUCCAUUCGAGUCGUUCGAAGUGAUAUCGUAGAUGCAGGCCAGUGUUUAGAUUUUUUUGCAUGCAGGCGCGUUGCAUGGGAGUGAUUGUAAAGAAGGGAUACCACACAUCGAAUGUCGAAUUGCGCGAAACUUUACGGAUUGAGAUGCGUUCGAACAAGGUCACACAGUGCGAAACUCACGGGAUUGAGGAGAGAACCGAUGAUGAUUCGAUUAUUUGCUCCACCGGAUAUUAUUUCCCGCCCCCAAGUGUAAAAAUUAGUUGCUUAAGUGCAAUAGCGUUUAAGGAAAAGAAUCGUUCGUUUAUGUUAAGAUUAAGAUGAUAAGUUAGCUAACGGAUAAGAACAAAAUCAUCACGCAACCGACUAUAGACCAGAGCAAACAAACAAUAGCCAAUACCACCGGAUAAAACCCAAAAUAAGUCCGAAAAUUUCAUUCGCAAACCACGUUCCAUUUCAAUAGACAAACAACACAUCCAUUCCCGCCAAAUCCACAGAACAGAACAAUAGGUUAACAUCACACUUAAUGAGCCAAAGAGUACGUUUUAGUACUUUUAGAAUUGGUAAGUUGCUACUUAUAUUUUUUUUUGUUUUUUUUUUUUCUUCGUGCGCAAUACAGAUAUAUUAUAUUAUAGUAUUUCUCACAUUAUGUAGAAUAAAGAGAUCAUCGAGCAACUUCACAACGAUCGUAUACAUCACACAAUCAUGUUCACAGACGAUAUCUCUACGGAUAUGACAUCCACGCUACUGCUGAGGAUUGGGACAAGUUUUUCAGAACUAGUGCCUUUAGACACCAACUUCUGACUAUAUUGAUAAUGACACAUGCGGUAAAAUUGGAAAAGCCAGAUGCGAACAAAUU